CUAGGGUGAUAUCAUUUUCUUUCUGAUCCUCAAUCUUGCUGAUCUCCCCACCUCCCUCCCAUGUUUAUGUCACUACUCGUUUUGGAGUUUGGACAGGAGGCGCGUGCACCCCCAUGCACCACGCACCGGUGGUGGUUUGAGUAGCUUUUACAUAUGUCUAGUAAUAAUUUCGUUGUAUAUAUAAUCACUACUGAUCAUAAUUUCGAAGGAAAUUUUUUCAAAAAAAGAAGCAAAUAUGAAAAGAAAUUGAAAAAUUGAAUCACUGGAGUGGAUAGAGAGGAUCCUCUGAGAUAUCAUAUGAACUGUCGUCUCGAUAACUGCAUGUUCGUUUUUUUAACCCUCUUGAUUUGUCGUCUGGAAACUGGAUAUUUCAUUUAUUAUUAGUGUUUCAUUCAUCGUAUGGUCAUUUAUGAAGCUAACCAAAGGAAAAUGGGGAUUGAUUAUGUCGAGAAUAUGAAUUGGGUUUGGUUGAAAAACUAUCCCUAAACUAGGGAUUUGGAGUCACAAUCAGUUAGGAGGUUGCGGAGUAAAGGAAGGUAGAAGUAACAUGAAAGAGAUUAUGCUAACUGAGUCUUAUGUCUUUCACAGGGCAUGUCCGAUCAUAACAUUCGCAAAGGUGCAUCGUAAGUCAACUAGAAAAUUUCUCUAAAUGGUUAAUGGAGAAGUCGAUUAUAUCACAUAUUCGAUUUUAAGUUGAUGUAAUUGUAGUUUCUUAAUUGUUAACAGGAGAAAAGAAAGAGAGGGAGGCAUAUGUGGAAUGGAAUCCUACCUGCAGGUGGAUGAAAUUGACUGGAAAUCAAACGGAUUAUUAAUUAUUAAUUAAUGGAUUAGAAAGCUUUGUGGAAGGGUCGAUGCAACCAAAUUGGAUAAAGACAUCCUUGUUUAAGAGCAUCGUACAAGAAAAGAAGCCACACAUGUGGAUUUCAACAUCUUGUUCCAAUCCAAAGCUUCAAUCUUUUUUUCUUUUUCUUUUACUCAUAUAAAACUGAAACACAAGGAGCCCCAUCAAGCUUCGAGUUUUCAGAAACAAGAAGUCAGAAAUGGAUUUACGAUUUUGCCCCUUGCAUGGCCAUUGUUGGAUUGGAGCAUCUCAGAUUUUUUUUUUGUCCCUCCAAAAUGCCAUUGUUUGUUGGCACCAACAAUGGAACAAAGUGCAAGACUCCAAAGAGGAAAGCAAAGAGCACGAAAUGAUUAGGGUUUGCUUGAAUCUCUUGUUCGUGGUGAUUGUUGGGUUGGGAUUUGCCGGCCAAGGUAGUAGUUUGCUACACCCUUUUGCUAGUUUACACAAUAUUUCAUUGUCGAUUGGGAGAGCGUCGACUUUGUGUUAUUGGACGAUUCGAGAUGUUGUGGUGCAACUAGCUUGUUGUUAAGUUCUUGCAAGAGCAUAUCUUUUCGCUUGUUUUUCAACACUCUUGAAAUACGAAUUUUCGGCCUUAGUUUCAAUAAGAAAAUUUCCUAUCACCCUUCAGAGGAUAGUAGAUAUGAAGGGGAGGAGGUGAAGGCAAAGGUUAUGCACAAUAAUAUAUUCAUUGUGUACGAGUUUUCUCUCGCUCUAAGAAACCGAGAAGGGAAAAGAAUUAACGACAACUCAAGUUUGAUGUAAGUAAGGUUGCUUCAUAUAUACUUGCGGAAAGAGAUUGAGAGAAUGUCUCGACGCUAUCAUUCAGAAUCACAAUAUUUACAAUCAGUGGCGAAAUUUUGAUCAGAGCAUGUGCCCCCAAAUUUGUCUCAUUGUCCAUUCUCGUCAAUAAGAAUUGGGGUAUGUAAAAUUGCAAUAGGGACUUGCUUAGAAUGACUAAACACAGUACCCGUGUUAAAAUACUUGUCUCCAAUUCUUUUUCACAAUUUGGCAAUACAGAAUACUCUAGAUAUAACAAGAUUUACAUUCCUAAUUAAAUAUGUAUAUUUGUGGCAUAAACGGAGUCGUUUGCUUCACAACUUUGGAUUGAGUGAAUAUACUUAUCUUCUUUAGGUCCAUGAGAAAAGGGGGGAAAGGGACGAGAAUUCUAAUUUCCAACGGCGGCGGCGGAGAAGACCUAACAACGAGCGGCGCGUGGAGAACAUGCGACGGUGGAAGGGCGUGGAAAUAUAAACCUGGUAGGAAUCUAGCAACAAACACUCACAAAGAGGCACAUUUUCAUGAAUUAAUUAAUAAAAUAAUUAUGAAUACGAUCUGAUGAUAUGAAAGAGAGAAUGAAAUAAUCGGGGCGAUGAUGCGACCCGACCCGCCCCCACAAUUCCCCACAUAUCCCAGAUAUUAAAUUCCACAUUUAUUAACAACAAAUCAAACACCUAGAAAAAAAAACUUGUGGAAAUUUUUUAAAUUUUAUUGUGAAACUCUAUAGAAUUGUCAAAGACGAAUAGUACUUGGGAUUGGCCGGAUAUCUCAAUAAUCAUAAAAUUGUUUUACAAGAAGCGAAAGUAAGAUUGAGAAGUAUUCACAUAAAACACAAGUCAAAAUUAGAUGACUCCUUAUGACACGAAAUAUAUUUUUGACAUGAUCAAUCAACUCGAGAUUAUCUAGACGCGGAUGUCGCGCAAUUUUUUGUAGUUGUAAUAUCUCAUAAGAAGAAGAAAAAAAAUAGUCUCGAAACAAGAUUGAAACAGGGUGUCUACAAAUCCAGGGAUGCAGCGAGAUGAAAUGAGAUCCACACUUGAUGCUUGUGGGACGCGACUAGUACUCGUAUGAAAUGAAUCGAAACUGAUCAUAUGCAUAAUAUGCGCGCGGAUCAGAUAAAAAUUGAGAUAGAUUUAAGAACCCCAUACUCGUCACUACAGAAUGAUUUGAGACACGGGCAAGAGCCGAGCACACGAAACGGAGCGUGAGGAAACAGAUUUCGCCUCUCGCGCUACCCCUUGAUGCUCGCACUUGUAAUCUUUCAAAUACUCGAGGAAACAUAUACGAAUACAAGAACGAAGCAAAACAAAUCUGAUUACGGAGCUAUAUAUAUUAUUAUUAUUAUUAUCCUUCCCAAACAUGUUGAUAGGUUGGAAAUCAUUUAACAAUGAAGCCAAAAUCGGGGCAAAAAGGAAAUGGGAAAUUAAUAAAAGCAGAGCAUCAGCCAACAGUACUCUCUAAAAAUAAAAAAGCUGGAACAGAAAGAAAGCCAAACAAACAAGAUCCACCUCGAUUCGAACAUCUCUCCUCCUCCUCCUCCUCUUCACUCCCUCCGCCGUCCCAAUCCCAAUUCUCCUCCGCCUUCCACCGCCGCUACACUCUGUAGUCAAAGAGAGAGGGAGACGACUGAGAGAGAGAGAGAGGUCGAGGAUUUCACCGAAUAAAGAAGGAAGAGCUAAAAACCAAACCAGCUAUGAGGGAGGACGAUUCCAAUUGGUUCGCUCGAUGGGAAGAGGAGCUUCCCCCGCCGGACGAGCUCAUGCCAAUCACUCAAACCCUAAUCACUCCCGAUCUCGCCCUCGCCUUCGACAUCCGGAAUCCCACCAACUCCUCCGCGGCAGCGGCCAGCAAUUCGCUCCACCAGAAUCAGAAUCAGCCGGUCCCGCCGCCGCCGCCGCCGCCUCCUCUACCGACAUCCAGCGGCUUGCCUUCUCCCAACGGGAACCCUUCCCUGGCGACUUCGCAGCACAACUCGUCCGAAUUCGCCGCCGACUCCUCGGCGGAGCUGGGGUCCGGCACCGGGGGGGACGAGCCGGCAAGGACGCUGAAGCGGCCGAGGCUGGUGUGGACGCCGCAGCUCCACAAGAGGUUCGUGGACGCCGUCGCGCACCUGGGGAUCAAGAACGCGGUGCCCAAGACGAUAAUGCAGCUCAUGAGUGUGGACGGGUUGACUAGGGAGAAUGUCGCCAGUCAUUUGCAGAAAUACCGGCUCUACCUCAAGAGGAUGCAGGGGUUGUCUUCCGGCGGCGGGGGAGGCGGCGGCGGGAGUGGCGGGGGGUUGAGUGGUGGUUCGUCUACCGUUGGUGUGGAUGCCGCUACCGACCAUUUGUUCGCGAGUUCCCCUGUCCCGGCGCAUUUCUUGCAUCCCGGUAGGCCGCCUAAUUCCGAUCAUUUCUUGCCGUUUGUUCCUGUUAGCGCCCUUCAGCAUCACCACCACCAGCAGAUGGCGGUGGCUGCCGCAGCGGCCGUAGCUCAUCCGCAGCUGCAGGGUCAGUACCAUAGACAGCUGGGGCAUUUUGGGUCGCCGCCCAAUGGGCAAUUCGAUCAUCCGUUCCUGUCUAGGCCGGCGGCGCAGCAGCAAGCUGUGCAUAGAAUGGGACCGCCGGUGCACAAUGCGGCGGUUCCAGGGUAUGUGGAGGAUUUGGAGUCUGCAAAUGGAAAUGGCGGAAGGAAAGUUCUCACUCUGUUCCCCACUGGAGAUGAUUGAAAUUGAGCUCUACUGAUGGGGGUUCUAACUUCCCAUGUUCAUCAGUCUUCUGUUAAUUGGUAAUUAAUGGUAACCGCUUCUUACAUUCUAAUUUUAGGUUCGUUCAUGGUGGUUUGUUCUGUUCUCCAUUGUGGAAAAUUCUUCAAGCACUACCAAGGGGAUAGUACUUCAGUAGCUCAUCGGUUGGGGAUUUGGUUGUUGAUGAUGAUUAUUAACCUCUUCUAGUGGCAAUCCUUUGAACCGAGCUGCAUGUGGAUAUCUGCUGGUUCCAUCUAAAGUUUUGGACGGCAGUCUAUAAGUCCACCCUCAUGUCACAUUGCGGAAACAUUUCGGCCACAGUAACAAUCUAAGCUUUGCUGUGGCAACAACCAUGGUCAUCAGUCUUGUCGUAAAGAGGUCCAUAUGGGAUUCGAUAGAGCGCGGUAUAGUACAUUCGAAGGCUUGCUUGGUCUUCUUAUUACUCCAUAAGAGUUGUUCUCAAAUUUUCGUGGUGGAAUGUGCAGAAGAAAGCAAUUUUCUGUACCUGGGGCUUGAAGACGAGUUUCGCGAUAUUUCUUCCAUAAGUGCAAUAUAUGUCAUGUAGAGAGAGGUCUAAAUGUGAAGUUUUCAGCUUUGCUGUUAGCGGCUGCCUCUUUGAUUGUUAGUUCAGUGUAAUGUAGAGGUGACUUGUACUUAUUGUACAUUGUGGAACUUCAUAGAAGACCCCACAUGAGAUUGGGUUUUUCUUUCCUCACAAUUCUGAUAUAUUAGAAUGUUAAAUGUAAUCUUUAUGCUCCUUGCAUGUUCAAGCAGCUCAACUCUAUUGCAUUGCAUUGUUGAAUAGUAGAAUAGAUAGGUUCUUAAUGUACGAGCAAGAUAUUCAUUCACACUCGGAAUGUGAACACCAUAUCUAUAGCUUUCAGAUAGUUCUGGGCGUAUGCCCUUCAGCAUCUCUCUUUCCUGGCUAUGGUACUCCCUUGUGAGACAAACUCCGAGACCCUGCUCGUGUGUGUUUGUUGGUGGUAAUGCUCAAAUCGAGCUAGUCUCUUUGCAUCUGGUAAGUGCAGUCUGAGUUCAGAAGCAAACCUAUAUCUGUCAAACUAUAUGGGAGCACUUAUUGGGUACUUCUUUUACUUCUGCACCAAUUCCUUUCUUCAGUACAGGUACUUCAUAUAUUUGUACCCCGAACUUCUGCACCCGAAGCAGGUGUAAUGGGAUCUUGAAUAGUAGCUUACGAUUUGAAAUAUCUGUACUUCUGCAGAUUCAAUCUAUUUUCAAGCUGGUGUCCUGUGUUUGAAAUCGCUUCAGUUUCUCUCUCCUGGCUGAUUUAUUGCUUGUGACCUGUCUAGAUUCCUAAGGGAAACUUUGCCACCCUGUUUGCUUUCUAAAUAAACUUUGCAGCCUCCUAAAUCAUAACAUAUGUUGAUGGAUUCCAUAUCUGAUCUGAUUGUAUCUCCAUAAUGAAUGUCAACUCUCAUGCUGUCUUGAUUGCAAGUCUCGCGAUCUGGACAAUUACACAACAAAUAAUGCUUUGUAGUACUAGUACUUGUUGUGUAUCUAAGGAGAGGGAAGAAGAAGCUGCACAACAGCAUCAAUGUUGGCAAUUGGACAGAUCAACAUGUUCCUUAUUAACUUGCUUCCAGUUGUACAUACUAUGAUGCACCAUAUCUCUCCUCCACUUUUGUAGGAUAUCAUGUGAAAUCCUCUCCUUAUCUAUCUAUCUAAUCUCAAUCUAAAUCUUUUAUGCACUUGUUUCCCUAAUAGAAUAGAAUAUUCUAAUGGUGGGUGAGUUGCAAAAUGGGAUGCAGAUGGGUGCUGGAAUCUUGUUUUCUGUCAGGGGAACACACUGGACAGAAAGAAAUCCUUUUAUUAUUGAUGAUCAUGAUCAUGAUGAUGGAGAAGAGGGAAAAAGCAACCAGGCAGGCAAUAAGGGAAAAAAGAAUGGAUUUUGUUUAGUGAAUCCAUUCAUCCAUCCAUCUCUCUCUUCCUCUCUCUCUCUCUGCCAUUCUGGUAAGUAAAGAAAGUACAUAUCUUUAUAUAUUCAUUGAUAGAUCAGAUGAAGAAGCUGAGUUGUUUUUGUUUGGUUUCUUUAUAAAGUAGGAAGCAAAGCAUGCAUAUGCUUGUGGUGUGGCCAUAAACAUUGUUAUUUUAAGGGUGGUGGAGCAGAAAAGGUUUGUUUUAGGUGCAGCUGCUGCAAGUGGAAUAAUGAGGUUAGAAGGGUUUGCUUGUACUGUACUGUACAACUGGUUUAUGAAUCACAGCUUGGGAGCAAAUUCCCAAGCUGCUGCCAUGGCUACUAGGGGAAGAAUUAGACAGAGGGUUGUUGGCAUAGCAUGCGCCAAGUUCAUUCAUACUUGUUCUCUUUCAUCUGUAUUUCUGUUCCAGCUUUAUGGUAUGGGGGCUGUCUCUUUUAACUAACCUUUACUUUCUUUUCUUGGAUAGUUGAAACAAGGCUGGAAUUUUUUAUUUUUUUUGAAAAGUUUAUGUUGUUUUCAUAGUUUAAUCAUAACAAUAAUCUUCUUGUUAUUGUUUGUUUGUUAUGGUUUAGUAUAAUGAUGACAUUUAUAAAAUAAUGAGCCACUCACUGCACUUUGUUGCUUUUGUUAGGCUAGAUUCGAGUUUAUGCUAUUUUCGAGUUUUUUUAGGUCUUCUCUCUCUCCCUCUUGUCUCAUAGUUUCUCUUUAAUACUUGUGAAAUCGUAACGUAUUAUAUCAAUUCUAGUUAUACAUACAACAUAAUGAAGACAACACUAAUACUUCGUUAUAUUCAUUUCAUUACAAGCUAUCUUGUAUUGUGAUUUUUUCUUUAGCCGUUGUGAAAUCGUUGCAGGACUCAAUCGUGUAAGUUCAUUUUAUUUAUCACUUGUCAUACUUCAAAUAGAAAAGUUUACUUGGUGGAUUAAUCAACCAUGGGAUUCUGAGUUAUUGUGGAUUUCUUAUUCUGAUUUGACAUUUCUCAUUUGGUUGUUGUUGUAGGUUCCACAAGAUUUCUGUUUCAAUUUUGGAAGUUAGUGUUACAUUGACAUUUGUGACCCAGGUGGGGAGGGAACAUGGGCUGGUGGGCUUUGUCUCCUGCCGUAAUGAGGCCCUACCUGCCUGACCCAGGCCUACUCACUAGAUUGACUGACCCGGCUCCUUUUUCAAUUGGGCUUUUUCUGAAAAGUGGGCUACAUUUAUUCUCGUCUUUUACCAAGAGUAGGUAAGGGGAGAAAAGAGUGUCAGUUCUUGAACCCAACACAUGGUCAUGGUUGUUAAGUGCCGUCAGAUCAAAGCAAUCUUCUGGUCCCCUUUUUUUUAGUUUUUGUUUAUAUUUGAGUUAUUACUAUAGUUAUAUGUAUGAUUGUGACACAUCAUGAGCCGCCCACGAGGUAGUACGGUACGAUACGAUUUGAGAUAUGUGGCGAGCUAAAUAUGAGCACGAAUAUUUUAUGGACGGUAAGAUUUAAACUUCAUAAAUAUGAACGGUAUGAUUUGUAAUUGAGUUUGUGUCGGGCAUAAUAAUUUUUUUUGAAGCCAUUGAAUAUAGACACGCUAAAACUUGCAAAAUAUACUUUUUCUACGGAAUAUAAAUUGAAUUAUGAGUUCAUAAAAUACGAAAUAUAGUCACAUAAAUCAUGGUAUUAAUAAGGGAUUGCAUCAAAAAUAAAAUGCUUGAGAGAACCGAAAAAGCAUGUGGAAACCGAAUCGCUUCUGUAUUUCCAAUUUUCUUCUUCCUCUUACUUGUUACCUUUCUCAAAUCAUACCACUUAUCAAUUUCAUUCCCUUCCCAAUUUGCUCCAGUUUCACUCCCAGUUUUAUUUUCUUCCUUUCAUUAAGUAUGAAUAUGAACGAGGCAUAAGAACAAGUAGGUAUGGCAUGAUUCGAACUGUGCUCAUACCCAGAUCGAAUUGAUGAAAUUUUGUAUACUGGGUGGACACAAAAACGAAAACUUAUAUGGCAUUGCCAACACACAACAUGAAAAAACCCCGGCUUAAGGCGAGCUCAUGUUGUGCCGGCCCAAGCACUACCCAAUGCUUGAGUACAUGUAUGAUGGCGUCGGGUGCAUUUUUCAAAUGUGAUCAAUAGUGCCUAGGGUUGGCCAAACAUUGAUAUAUUAAUUGGAUGAAAAUGAUCCAGUUAUGAGAUUUUUUCAAUAAUUAGUAGCUUAUAUUUCCCACCAAAGUGUUAAAGUGUUAAGAGAGCAAAAACAUGGUUCUUAUUUGUUAGAAUUCUGCUGGCUGCAAAACAUUUUCUUUUUCUUUUUCACAUAAUUUGGUUUCGAGCCUUUGACUAGUCAGUUGCAUGAAAAAUUGGUGGCCGGAAAACGUCCAAAAAGGACAAAUAGAGUUCAGACGACCGGCCAGAAAGGAAAAACCGUUUACUAUUAAUUACAUUCUGAUCACCAUAUUGUAGGUUAUUAUAAGAUCGGGUUCUUAUACUUUCAUCGAUUCACAACUGAAGUCCCUACUUCUUCUUUUCUCUCUGAAUUGGUCGAUUUGUUAGGUAGAAUGGAAAGAAAUGAAUUUGUCCUUUCAAGACAUUAUAGUUUAUUUUGAUAUAUUGUGAAUGUGCUUAGUGAAAUGGAACUUGCACUUAGGUUAUAUUUGUAUUUUUUUUAUAUGUGUCAACGUUUUGUAGUCUUUGUAAUCUAUAUUGGUUUGGCUCUAAAUUCGUGCAAUUGUUUCCUACACAUAAAGGACAAGAAAUGAAUUUCCAUGUGCAAAAUGAAGAUAACAAACGAUGUCGAUGGAAGGUGAUUUAAGUAUCGUAUAUGAGAAAAUAAUUCAUAUAAACUAGAUAGACAGAUAUUGUAAAUUGAAAAAAUAUAAACGUGAAGUUGUACAUGAGUUGGGUGGUGAGUAAAAUCAAAAUGUUGAACCGGAUGGACCGAUGGUGAUGACGUGAAUUUGUGGUAUAGUCUGAUGUCAAAUCCAAAAAGAAAGUAGUAAAUAUGUUUGACAAGUUGGAGGGUGACAAGAGUAUAACACAUCAUUCUCUAUAUAUCAAAGAAGAAACGAGGAAUACCUCGCGAAUUGGUGUCAUGAACAAAAUAAAACAGUGAUCCCAAAUAAAGCAAUACUUUAACUUACUUCACUUACUUUCCAUUUUCAUUUAUCAUGUCCAUAAAUAAGGUCUAAACUAUAAC